AUGAGCUUUAUACCAAUCAAAGGCCGUAAGGCGAGGGUCCUCGUCUUUGGAUCUGGCGGCGUGGGAACAAUGGCAGCAUACGCACUCGAAAAGGGCGGCAUGGCAGAGGUGACGACAGUCUUGCGUUCCAACUUUAAGGCCGUCACGGAAUCGGGAUUCAAGAUCAACUCCAUCGACCACGGCCUUGACAUAAGCUGGAGUCCUACUCACAAUGAGAGACAUUGCAGCGAUAAUGCCUCUCAGCCAUACGACUUCAUCGUCGUCGCUACCAAGAACCUUGCCGAUUUCACACCCGGCGUAGCCUCUCUCAUCGACCGCGAUGUCAUAUCAGACACGACAGCAAUUGUCCUCCUCCAGAACGGUCUCAACAUCGAGCGCCCUAUUGUCGACGCUUUUCCCUACAACCCGGUCAUAUCUGGAGUCCCUUACAUCGGUGCCAUCGAGAGCCCCCCAGGCACAAUUAACCAUGUCAACCACGACGAACUCAUCAUCAGCCCUUUCCGCAAUGACAAUAUCCCAUGCAAGCUAUCCGAGGAUGCGGCCAUGAAUUUUCAAGAAAUUUAUGGAUCAUGUCCGAACGUGACCUGCAUCUAUGAACGUAGCGUGGAAAAGGCAAGAUGGAGGAAGCUGCUUUACAACGCCUCUUACAACACAAUUGCUGCCAUCCUGGGCAUGGACACAUCCCGCAUGCGUGCCUCAGAGUUCAUCAUCGACGACUUGGUGCGGCCGGCCAUGAAGGAAAUCCAAGCCACUGCCCGGCAAGUAUCUGGGGUUCACCUCACGGAUGACCUAAUCGAGACAGUCAUACGCCAGGACAACUACAAGGCCUUCUUCCGACCGAGCAUGUUGCAAGAUAUUGACAAAGGCAAGCACAUUGAGGUGGAGAACAUCAUCGGAGAGCCAGUCCGCGAAGCCGAAAAGGCAGGUGUCGAAACACCCACCCUCAGGGUCAUUUACAGUCUUCUCAAAGCCUUGCAGUUCAAGAUCAAGAUUGUUGAGGGCCUCGUGGAAGUGCCAGCGAGCGGUGAGAAACUCAAGUAUGGAAUAUCAAGAACGCGGGGAGGGUAG